CGGUACCUCGGUCAUUGAAAGUCGCUUAGUGGCAGCACGGAUGUGCGCGUGCCACUUUCCUGCGCUCAACUUUCCUGUAUGCGGAUUGGCUGAUUAAUACAGUAGCGGACCAACCUAUCAUGUUCCCUCACACAUAAUCAAGUUGUACAAUGCUGCCUGUGAGUUCUCCGACAGCACAGACAAUGAGACCACAUUCAGUUUGCCAUCUUUUCCUGUUGUCACUAAAUGACUUUACACAAAAGUAGUAGAAGUCCAGAUAUUCGACCUGAGUGAAUUUGGUGUGUGUCACGUCUUGUAUUUUUAAUAUAAGAGGGGAGUCAGAUUUUUGAUAGAUGUAAAGAGCCAGCAAAGAGCAAAGAGAUUUUGUUCGUGUCGCACCUUGAAUUGUGUAUAAUAGAGGGGACUAGAAAUUAGCUUAGUGAAACUUGAGAAACGAAACUUAAGUGAAACGAAAUUCCUAAUAAACCCAUCUCUCUCUCGAUUUUCUAUUCUUUCAUUAUUAAUUUAUCCAGCAAUAAACCGAAGAUAAUGUUUUCAAUAAAUAUAUUUAAACAAGCGGAAAUUGCGUGUAGCUUGUUGAAGCGUUACAGCCGAGGUAAAGUAUUUGAGGAAUUUUAAAGUUAUACCCUAAGUAUAAAGUGUUAUCACUGCUAUUUUUUAAGUAAAGGGUCUGAAUAACAUCUUCCACCAUUGCUAAUAGGAUAUAUUUUAGCAGCAUAGUAUGUGACAGGACUGGAGUGGAGAAAGGCCGCCCCCUUUUGGUUGCCUUAGCAAUAACCAGGAAGUGCUGCGUUGACUGACAGUUAAUCAGCUGCUCCGUUGCCUGCAGUUAACGACGACGAAUGGGGUUGACGUGACAACCGAGUAUUUACGGAAUUUUAACGUUACGCGGCCGUUAAAAACGCAAAAAAGAAGUUGCAAAAGUUAUGGAAGUGAACCGUUUGGACUUCUACAUUGGUCUCUCGCUCGCUGUGAGCUCCAGUGUUUUUAUCGGCGCAAGUUUCAUCCUGAAGAAGAAGGGCCUGCUGCGAUUGGCUAGCAAGGGUUCAAUGCGAGCAGGUCAAGGGGGGUAUGCGUAUCUGAAGGAAUGGCUGUGGUGGGCAGGACUAAUUUCAAUGGGAACUGGAGAGGCCGCAAACUUUGCUGCGUAUGCAUUUGCGCCAGCCACACUUGUGACUCCUCUGGGGGCAUUGAGUGUACUUGUAAGCGCUGUGCUGUCCUCUUACUUUCUGAAUGAGAGGCUGAAUGUGCAUGGGAAGAUUGGUUGUUUGCUGUGUGUUUUGGGCUCCACAGUGAUGGUGAUCCAUGCCCCGCAGGAAGAAGAGGUUGCUUCCCUCAGUGCCAUGGCUGAAAAGCUCAAAGACCCAGGUUUCAUUGUGUUUGCUGUGUGCGUUGUUGGAAGCAGCCUGGUUCUUAUCUUUGCCGUGGCUCCGCGUUUCGGACAGAAGAAUGUGCUGGUCUACAUCCUGAUCUGCUCUGUGAUUGGCUCCCUCUCUGUGUCUUGUGUCAAGGGCCUGGGCAUUGGCAUUAAGGAGCUGUUUUCUGGAACAGCCGUGCUGAAGGAACCCCUGUUCUGGUCCUUAGUCAUCUGCCUGGUAAUCUGUGUCAGUGUUCAAAUCAGUUACCUGAACAAAGCCCUCGACAUCUAUAAUACCUCCAUCGUCACGCCCAUCUACUACGUCUUCUUCACCACAUCCGUCAUGGCCUGUUCAGCUAUCCUCUUCAAGGAAUGGUUGAGCAUGACCACUGAUGGAGUGGUGGGAACUAUCAGCGGGUUCCUCACCAUCAUUUUGGGGAUCUUCCUCCUCCAUGCCUUCAAGGACAUUACAUUUAGCUGGGAUUCUCUCCCACUCUACCUUAGGAAGGGUCCUCAGGGCUUUCCGUGGGGCCACCAGCCUUACGUGGCUCUUCCCAGCCAUGACAGCCAAGCAGAGGAUGAGUUAAAGCUGCCCAGAGAAGGAAGUUCAAAGAACAGGUGGGGUACACAGUGCGCUAGAGAGCUCUUUAAGGAUGACCAGUAGCCUUCCCUACUAAGAAAAAUUGCUUAUUGCAAUUAAGAAGCUUUAAUGCACAUCACAGCUUUACAAUGUGACAAGUUAGUUUUACUAAAUCUGAAUUUCUAGUCUGUCUUACACAAUGCAGAAUGCACUGGAUGAACAAAGGUUUCUUAAUAUGAGCAUAUGUUGCUAUGAGCACACUGGAUCGCAUGUACAACUUAAAUGAUGUACUUAGUUGAACAUGAUGGUACGUCCACAUAUUUUUUCUAAAAGACAGACCAAAAUUAAACUAUUGUAUAAUUUAUACAAGAAACUAUCUUUAAAUAUGAAAGUGAAUGUCUGUUGCACUGCUGUGUACAAUUUUUACAUUAGUUAAAAAAUAACUGAAGCCAGAAUGUGCCUUUUUUUUAAUAACCGUAGUCAUAGUUUUGCACUUUUAAUCUUGAUCAUAUACUGUACAAAUGUAUAAACUGACUUAUGACCAGU